UCCUUUCUUCGGUCCGUACCGUUAAACGCAGCCACCGCCGAAAACCCUCCCCGUUCGGAUAAACCGCCGCCCACUUCUUUCGCUCCUGCGCCAAACCCUUCAAUUCGAAAGCCCGACGCUUCGAGAUGCCCAUUUUAAAUCUCCUGGCUGCGAGCUCCGGCGAUCCCCUUCUCUCCUGUCGGGUCUCCGCCGGAUCCCGCCAAUGCGCCGCCGUCGCCGCCCUCUUCCCAUCGCCGCCGACCUCUCUCCACCUCCGGCUACGCUCCAAGCCCUUUCGUCUAUGGACGAAAACCCUCCAUGGAGCUCGGUUCCGUCGAUCUCUCGUGGUCUUCCAAAAGCUUGAUGCCGAUCGAAAUGGCAGCGCCAGAGAUGAUGAUUUCAUAACUAGGGUUUUGAAGGAGAAUCCUAGCCAGGUGGAGCCCAAGUUCCUGGUCGGAGAUCGGUUUGUUACGUUGAGGGAGAAGCAAAGAUCAGGUAAAGAAUUGAACUUUGGUGUAAUUCAGUUAUUGAAGCGGUUGUUUGGGCGGUCCGGGACUAGGAAGGAGGGAGUCGAGGGCGGUGGGAGGAAGGAAGGAGAAGCUGCAGAACCUGUGUAUCUUAAGGAUCUACUAAGGGAAUUCAAGGGCAAACUAUAUGUUCCCGAGGAGGUGUUCAGGGAAAAUUUAUCAGAAGAGGAAGAGUUCGAGAAGAAUGUACAGGAGCUUCCAUUGAUGAGCUUCGAGGAUUUUCAGAAGCAUCUAAAAGCUGACAAAAUUAAAUUGUUGACGUCAAAGUCGACAUUUGAUUAUUCUUCUGAAAUAUAUUAUAGAGAUUUUCUUGUUGACUUGAAAGAGAUUCCAGGUGACAGAAACAUACAGAAAACUAAAUGGGUGAUUAGGUUAAGUGCGAGUCAAGCACGGGCAGCAUUGGAGGAGUACAAUGGACCACAGUAUGAGAUCGAAAAACACACCAUGUCUUAUGUUGGGAAAUCACUUGAAUACCCUCAUCCAGUGGCCUCUUCGAUAUCAAGCAGAGUCAUGGUUGAACUUGCGAUGGCAACAGCAUUGAUAGCUGCUGCAGCUGCAGUUAUUGUAGGUUUUGUGGCAUCUGCAGCUUUUGCAAUAACCAGUUUUCUAUAUGCUGCUACUAUUUAUUUUGUCUGGCCUCUAUCAAGGCCUUUCGUGAAGCUUGUUCUGGGUAUAGUCUCCAGUAUUGCAGAACGUAUGUGGGAGAAUGUCGUUGAUAUAUUCAGUGAAGGAGGUUUUUUCUCCAAAAUAUAUGAAUUUUACACUUUCGGUGGUGUCUCUGCCAGCCUUGUGAUGCUAAAACCUAUCAUGCUGGUUCUUAUCACUAUGGUUCUCCUUGUUCGAUUUACUCUGUCGAGAAGGCCAAAAAACUUUAGGAAAUGGGAUAUAUGGCAAGGGAUUGAAUUUGGACAUUCCAAAUCACAGGCCCGAGUUGAUGGUUCUACUGGGGUCAAGUUCAGUGACGUGGCAGGGAUAGAUGAUGCAGUUGAGGAACUUCAGGAGCUGGUGAGAUAUUUGAAGAACCCAGAACUAUUUGAUAAGAUAGGUAUCAAGCCUCCACAUGGCGUCCUUUUGGAAGGUCCUCCUGGCUGUGGAAAGACUCUUGUUGCCAAGGCUAUUGCUGGUGAAGCUCAUGUACCAUUUUAUCAAAUGGCUGGUUCUGAGUUUGUUGAAGUUCUAGUUGGUGUUGGAUCUGCUCGAAUACGGGAUCUUUUUAUGAGAGCCAAGGUAAACAAACCAGCAGUUGUCUUUGUUGAUGAGAUUGAUGCGUUGGCAACUAGGCGCCAAGGAAUUUUCAAUGAAUCUACCAACUACUUUUACAAUGCUGCGACUCAGGAGAGAGAGACUACACUUAACCAGCUACUGAUAGAGCUUGAUGGUUUUGAUACUGGAAAAGGUGUUAUCUUUCUGGGAGCCACUAAUCGUAUGGAUCUAUUAGAUCCUGCACUCCUUCGUCCUGGUCGCUUUGACCGCAAGAUUAGAAUACGUCCUCCUGGGGCAAAGGGGCGAUUGGAUAUCUUGAAGGUUCACGCACGUAAAGUCAAGAUGUCGCCAACAGUUGACCUGUCAACCUAUGCUCAAAAUUUGCCUGGAUGGACGGGGGCUAAGUUGGCACAGCUGGUGCAAGAGUCAGCGCUGGUGGCAGUCAGGAGAGGUCACGAAUCAAUACUUCAGUCUGACAUGGAUGAUGCAGUCGAUCGGCUGACGGUAGGGCCUAAGCGCUUAGGAAUUGAAUUAGGCCAUCAAGGGCAAUGCCGAAGGGCUGUUACCGAGGUUGGAGUUGCACUUACAUCCCAUUUGCUCAGGCGCUAUGAAAAUGCCAGAGUCGAAUUUUGUGAACGCAUUUCAAUCAUUCCCCGUGGCCAGGCCCUUUCCCAAAUUGUAUUUCUUCACCUCGAUGAAGAGUCAUACAUGUUUGAAAGACGACCCCAGUUACUGCAUCGUCUUCAGGUGUUCUUGGGAGGGAGAGCUGCCGAAGAGGUUAUAUAUGGACGAGACACCUCAAAAGCAUCCUUGAAGUAUCUUCAAGAUGCCACAUGCCUGGCUCGCAAAAUGCUAACCAUUUGGAACUUGGAGAAUCCUAUGACCAUCCACGGAGAGUCCUUUCCUUGGAAAAAGAAGCCAAAGUUUAUAGGCCCGAAGUUGGAUUUCGAAAAAGAACUUUAUGAUCACUACGGGCUUGUAGAGCCUUCGAUCAACUUCGAUCUCGAUGAUGCCGUCGCCCGGAGAACCGAAGAGCUGCUGCGUGACAUGUACGAGAAAACCGUGUCCUUGUUGAAAACACACGUCGCAGCCCUUGCGAAGUCGGUGAAGGUUCUCCUGGAUAACAAGGAAAUAAGUGGAGAUCAAAUCGAAUUCAUAUUGAACAGUUACCCUGCAGAAACCCCAGUAAAGCUCAUCUUGGAGGAGAAAGACCCGGGGAGCCUGCCAUUCUUCCAGGUGGAUGGGGACCGUAGCACGUCGUUGCCGAAGCUGAUACCGGUUGGAGAAGCAGCAGCUCAAUGACACGGCCGAGGGCCGAUGUGUCUCUGGGCUUACCCAGGAAUCGUUCGUUCGUGCGAGUAACGUGUUCACUUUGAUCCCGAAGCUUAGCGUCUGUCAUUCGUAACCGGGCAUUAGCAUCAAUGAAAUGUGUUCUGCUUUGGUUGCA